AUGACUUCCGCAUCAUCGUUCAGUACCGACACUCGGCCGGGUGCCAUGCGAGUGGACUCCGUUGUAUCUUUCACCCAAUCCCGAAGAGCGAGCACCAAUUCGGGUCCUUACGAAGCCGUGGUGGUCGGAGCCGGACCUGCUGGCAUCACUGCUGUUGGAAAUUUGCUGGAGAGCAGGAUAGAGCCUGUGUUAUGGGUUGAUGAUGCUUUCAACGGUGGGAGAGUGAACAAGUACUACCGAGAGGUACCUUCGAAUACCAAAGUCAAGCUCUUCAUCGACUUUGCCACUGCGGUGACACCAUUCAGGAAGAUUGUCAGCGGCGUGCCUUCUCGCGACAGGUGGGAAGAACCAAGUGCGAGCGAUGGCGUUGCGGUUGGCAAUAAGCCGGACAGGUUACAGGAUCUUCGUCAGUUGGAUGCAGAGAAGGGCUGUCGGCUGAGUCAUGCUGCGGAUAUGUGUCUGUUGCUCACUGAAGGCUUGAAGAAGACACCUGGAGUUGUCGCACAGCAGGGCCGAGUAGCCGAGGCGUCUUUGGACGAGUCCUCUCAGAUCUGGACAAUCAACAUCGAACGCCAAUCGCAUCCAGUACAAUCGAAGCGAAUAGUCCUCUGCACAGGCGCGUCACCCACAGAUCCGCCACUCCCCGUCGAACCGGAAGGAUUAGAACAUCUACACCUCGACACCGCCCUCUCACCCACGAAGCUCUCUCAGAUAUUAUCACCCCUCGGCCCAACUACAGUAGCCGUCAUCGGCGCCUCUCACAGCGCCGUGCUAGUCCUCAUGAACCUCUCCCGCCUCUCCCUCUCCAGCAAACCCGAUCUCAAAAUCAAAUGGUUCACCCGCCACCCACUCCGAUAUGCAGAAUACGAAGAAAGCUUCAUCGCCCGCGACAACACCGGUCUAAAGGGCCAAGCAGCCCAAUGGGCCAAAGACAACCUCGAACCGGAAACCCUCCCCAACUCCCCUGUGAGCCAAUGCAUCACCAAGAUUGCCCACGACAAGGGCGGCGAGAAGGAAAUCUACGCCGAACACCUCCCCGGCUGCGCUUUCGUCGUCCAAGCCAUCGGCUACCGAUCCGAUCCCACACCGAUCCUCAAACUCGGCGGCGAGGCAAUCACCCCCGUCUUCGACCACGAAAAGGGCAUCUUCCACCACGUCAAGAAACUCAGCCACGAAGGCGCACCGGAAGGUCUCAAACCUCUCCCGGGCGUGUAUGGAGCCGGCAUCGCCUUUCCGGAACGCGUCGUGGAUCGGAAAUAUGGGCAUGAGGAGAUGAAUGUGGGGUUUUUCAAAUUUAUGAAGGCCGUGAAGAAAUGGGUCCCUGGAUGGAAGGCGGUGGGGGGGGGGGAGGCUACGGUAUAA